CCAUCACCACCACCUCCACCUCAAUCUCCACCUCCACCUGCACCUGCACCUGUAGCACCGGCAUUACCACCACCUAAAGUGAAGCAGUCACCAGCACCAGCACCAGCACCAGCCAAAAAGCCAUCAGCACCACCCCCACCUGUGGCACAGGAACCAGUCUCACCACCACCAGUACCUAUACAAGUGCAGCAGCCACCAGCACCCGCUCCUUCAGAGAGCAAGAAUAAUGAGAAAUACUAUAAUGCACCAGCGCCGGUUCCAAGCCCAGAGGGUCAUUUUGCACCUCAACCACCACCAAUUUUAGAUGUGAGCAGAGGAAUUGCGGUCUAUCAGAAGGAAGGACUGUUUGGAAGGUUCAUGAUGCUUGGACUAGCUAUUCCUGUUGCACUGGCUGUUAUGGGUUAA